AUGACAAAUUCUCCUCACAAUUGCUUGAUUCAAGCACAGGUUGAACAAGAUCAAGACCAACCCAAUCAAAGGCGUCGGCAAUGGCUAAGUCCCAAAUUGUUUGAUACUCGACGAACCCGGCGCAGAACAACUAAUUGGUUACGUAAGACUAUGAGACCAUCAUCACAGCCAGGAUAUCGACGUAUAGAGUGGACAUGUGAAUGUGGCGAAGAUCUCUAUGCAAAUUUUGAGAAUGAUAAUUCUGUGGGUUCAGAUGCGCUGGAAGCCAGCCUUCGACAGGCCACCCAUUCUUCUGGUUCGGGCGGUGCAUUAGACGGAACGAACGUCUUGACUUCAGGUUGCAUCAAUGGAGAUGUUCAAAAUCAAAGCUCUGUAGCCGCUGACACGGAACGGGAAUCAUCGAUCAAUGACGAGGGAGCCGUUAACGGUAUUUACUCGCGACAUCUAGCCGUAUGCAUCUCGAGCGGUGGGAUCUACAAACGCUUGACCGAGAUCGAUGUUUCGACAGUCAGAUCAGAUGCUGAGCUCUUUUCAGAACUGAAAAAUGUAUACCAAAGCGUAAGGAAAUUAAGACUGCAUCUGGCAAUGUUUCUCAAACCAGUCAGCGUUGAAUUCAUUCAGUCCAUCGUCUGGAGCAUCCAUCAAGGUUACAUCUCAAUCUGUGAUCGACCCAGAUGCGUGCCCCCCAUAGACGAACCCUCAUAUGACUUUUCUCCUCACCCAAUGGCCCCACUUCCACCAGUGCCGCCCGAAAUAUUCCUUCGUUACUUGGAGCACAGAGAUAUCUCUAAGGACGUAGCAAGAUACAUUUGGACACCACGACUGCCUAAAAGAACAGGCAAACGAGUCAUCGAUUGCGAUAUGCCGACAUACGCCUGGGGAAUCUAUAUUCGAGAAGGACCACAUCGCGGUGUCUUGUUUUGUAUCGUGAUGAUAACAGUCAUUUUGAGUACCGUCCUUUGCAUUCUCUGGGCAGCGCUGAAAGACGAUGUCCAGGGUGGUUCUGGAUUGGGAAUACUGAUUAUAGCUGUUCCAUCUGUUAUCAUGGCAGCUUCCAUGUUCAGAAUUAGUGAUACAUCGUGA